AUGAAUCAACAUAAAACUCGCAAUACUACUAUUACUACUACUACUACUACUACUACUACUACUACUACUACUACUACUACUACUACUACUACUACUACUACUAAUAAUAAUAAUAAUAAUAAUAAUAAUAAUAAUAAUAAUAAUAAUAAUAAUAAUAAUAAUAAUAAUAAUAGUGAUUAUCUUGAGUCAAAUAAAAUUUGCUAUAGGAGAAAAUUAAUGAUAAUUAUAUCAAAUUAA